AUGGAGAAGACACCCGGCCUAGAUCACUGGGGUGAUAUCACUGUUGUGGUUAUAUAUUUUAUAAUGGUCCUGGCUGUAGGAUUAUGGUCGUUAUGUCGACCGAACCGGGGCAGCGUGAAGAGUUAUUUUCUGGCAGGACGAGACAUGAAAUGGUUUCCAGUUGGUGCCUCGCUAUUCUCCAGUAAUAUCGGCAGCGAACAUUUUGUAGGUUUAGCGGGAACAGGUGCAGCUUCUGGUAUAGCUAUGGUCAUGUACGAAUGGAUGUCGAUGCCGUUGGUUAUUUGUCUCGGUUGGAUUUUUCUACCAGUCUAUAUCUCAGCAGGAGUUUACACCAUGCCAGAAUACAUGGAGAAAAGAUUUGGUGGGAAAAAAAUUAGAAUUUAUCUCAGUUGUCUGUCACUAGUGUUGUAUAUCGUCACCAAAUUAGCAGUGAGUAUAUACGCCGGAGCUCUGUUUAUAAAAUUAGCUUUAGAUUGGAACAUGUAUUUAUCAGUGGUUGGAUUAUUAUUGAUAACUGGUGUUUACACCAUAUUGGGAGGUUUAGCGGCUGUGAUUUACACCGAUACAUUACAAACUGUCGUCAUGACUAUAGGUGCUAUCAUUCUCUGUAUUAUUGGUUUUGAUAAAAUUGGAGGUUUAAAUGGUCUCCAGUAUAAGUACAUGGAAGCUGUACCAUCAGUUAGAGCAAACAACACCACAUGUGGAGCGCCCAGAUCUGAUGCGUUCCAUAUAUUCCGUGAUCCAGUCAACUCGGACAAUCCAUGGCCUGGCUUGUUAAUCCAGAGCAGCCUUGGGUGUUUAUGGUAUUGGUGCUGCGACCAGGUUAUAGUACAGAGAACACUAGCAGCGAAGAAUUUAAGUCAUGCUAAAGCUGGAUCUAUAGUAGCUGGCUAUCUGAAAUUAUUACCACUGUUUUUGAUGAUCUUUCCCGGUAUGAUCAGUAGAGCUUUAUAUGCAGAUGCUAUUGCUUGUGUGGACCCUGUGGAAUGUGAGAAAUAUUGUGAGAAUUCUGUAGGUUGUUCCAAUAUCGCUUACCCUAAAUUAGUCCUAGAACUCCUGCCAGUUGGAUUACGGGGGUUAUUAAUGGCUGUAAUGCUGUCAGCUAUUAUGAGCUCUCUAACCUCAAUAUUUAACAGUGCUAGUACCCUGUUUACUAUGGAUCUGUGGAGGAGAAUCAGACCAGGUGCCCUGGAGCGAGAAUUACUUAUUGUAGGCAGGUUAUGUGUAGUGUUUUUAUGUGGAGUCAGUAUAUUAUGGAUACCGCUAGUAAAAUCUUCCCAGGGUGGUCAACUAUUUAACUAUAUACAAGCCGUACAGGGAUAUCUCGGUACUCCAGUUACUGCACUCUUUUUGAUGGCUGUAUUCUGGAAACGCAUGAAUGAAAACGGAGCGUUUUGGGGAAUAGCAGUAGGGCAUAUCUGUGGAAUUAUAAGAAUGGCUGUAGAUUUCUCUUACCCGGCACCAGAUUGUGGUGAAGAGGAAACUCGACCAUCAGUUCUACUCAACGUACACUAUACUUACUUCGGGUCCCUAAUCUUAUUUAUCACCACUAUCAGUAUUGUUAUCUUUAGUUUUCUUGAUAAACCACCGUCAGAAAAACAGUUAAGAGGUGUUACUUACUGGACGCGGAUUGAUAAACUUCCGGUAGAUGAAAAUAAACUAGAAGAGGAGAGUAUGAAUACAUGUUCUAACGGUGAUACAAAAGGGAAUGAUACCCCGGACAUUACUCUCAAACAAAUCAGGGAGUUUUUAUAUGAACAGCCUAAAUGGAUGGCCUUUAUGAACGUGAAUGCUGCGAUCGGGUGUGUGGUUAUGGCAUUUUUAGCAGGGUUCUUUCAUUAG